ACUUUCAAGAUUAUUUUUCAAUAAUCUUUUUGGAUUUUUCUGGGUUUUAUUGGGGAAUGCUUAUUCGAUGUUUUAGAGAAGAGAAAAUGAAAAGAUUGAUUAUAUUUCAACUUCUAUGUGUUACUUUUGGCCUUCUUCUUGAUUCUAGUUGUGCUGCUCUGCCAAAAGAAGUUCAUGCUCUUACACUGUUCAAACAAGGUAUAUUUGAUGACCCAUUAUUGGUUCUAUCAAAUUGGAAUGCCCUAGAUUCAAAUCCUUGUAAUUGGUUUGGUAUCGUUUGCUCUGAUGAUCAUGUUAGAAAAAUUAACAUUACUGGCUGUUCCAUAAAGGGGUUCAUAGCCGAAGAAUUGUCUCAGCUCACAUCCUUGCGUGAACUGAUUUUACAUGAGAAUAAUCUCAUGGGCUCAAUACCUAAAGAACUUGGACUACUAAAGCACCUAAAAAUCUUAGAUUUGGGGAAGAACCAGCUAUCUGGACCGAUACCACAUGAACUUGGCGAUCUUGCUAGCAUUGUUAGGAUAAACCUACAAUCGAAUGGAUUGACUGGGAAUUUGCCUUCAGAGCUUGGGAAUCUUAAGUACCUUCAAGAACUUCGGUUGGAUAGGAAUAAACUGCAAGGUCCGGUUCCGGGUGCUAAUGUUACAGAUUUGGCUAGUACAGUGAAAGGAAUGAAUGCCUCAAAUGCGAAUGUGUUAGGUUUUUGUCGUGCAUCUCCUUUAAAAGUUGCGGAUUUUUCUUUCAACUUCCUAGUAGGGAGUAUACCUAAAUGCUUGGAAUAUCUUCCGAGCACCAGCUUUCAGGGAAACUGCAUAAAGUACAAAAAUAUCACACCACGGGCCCCUGAACUAUGCGGUAAAGCCGCACCAGCUAAUAAACCCCUAGUUACGGGAGAUGUUAAUCAGCGUCCCGCUGAAGAUAAACUAGAGGCCCAUCAUUCUUCAAAACCUGCAUGGAUUACUUCUAUAGAAGUAGUGACUGGAGUGAUGGUGGGCGCGUUCUUCCUUAUUGCCCUUUUCACAGCCGCUCGUAGAUAUAAAGGCAAACAACCAAUUAUUAUUCCUUGGAAGAAAUCCACAACUGAAAAAGACCAUAUGGAGAUCGUUAUCGAUACCGGUAUGCUAAAGGAUGUGACAAGAUACAGUCGACAAGAACUUGAAGUUGCCUGUGAAGGUUUUAGCAAUAUAAUUGGGUCGUCAUCAGAUAGUGUAAUUUACAAAGGUAACAUGAAAGGUGGGCCUGAAAUUGCGGUCAUUACCCUUUGCAACCAGGAAGAACACUGGACGAGCCAUCUUGAGUUACAAUUUCAAAAGGAGGUUGCGGAUUUGGCAAGGCUAAAUCAUGAAAACACAGGGAAAUUGCUGGGAUAUUGUAUUGAAGGGAUUCCAUUUACAAGGAUGUUAGUUUUUGAGUAUGCAUCAAAUGGGACAUUGUCUGAGCACCUUCAUUAUGAAGAAGGGUGUCAGUUAAGUUGGACUCGAAGGAUGAUGAUUAUUAUGGGAAUUGCAAAAGGUCUGAAGUAUAUGCAUACUGAAAUUGAGCCGCCGUUUACAGUAUCUGAGUUAAACUCUAGUGCGGUGUACCUUACAGAGGAUUUUUCACCAAAGCUAGUUGAUUUUGAAAGCUGGAAAACUAUUCUUACUCGAUCAGAGAACAGCUCUACUUCUAUUAGCAAUGAAGGUGCCGAGUGUGUUCAACCAAGUUCACUACAAUCAUGCCAUUUGGAUAUCCAGGGCAACAUUUAUGCGUUUGGUGUUCUUUUGUUGGAAAUCAUCAGUGGACGGCCUCCAAUCUGCAAAGACAAGGGAUUUAUUGUAGACUGGGCUAUAGAUUAUCUUGAAGAGCCUGACAAGAUAGCUUCAGUUGUAGAUCCUGCAUUGAAACAUUUCAGAGAUGAAGAUCUUGAAGCAAUACGUGAGGUUGUCACUAUUUGCAUUCAAAUAAGGCCUAAAGAUACCAUAACCAUGCAAGAGUUGUGCUCAAUGUUGGAAAGCAAACUCGACACCACAGGAUCAUCAGAGCUCAAGGCUUCAUCAUUAGCAUGGGCAGAGGAGCUUGCGCUUUCGUCGUGACCCAGGUGUAGGAUAUCAGAUCAUAUGUAGUAAAUUUUUGACGAUCAACCAUCUUUUUAAGCAUUGGAUUAGAGAUCUUGAUCUUUUGAUGAGUUUAUGUAAAUUUGGCCUAGUAAAAGAGUAUAGGGAAGAGGUUAUAAUGUGUUCAUGACCAAUUUUGGGUAGCUGACAUAAAUGGGUUUAAUUCAUUUCAUACAUUCUUGGGUAGUUGCAACAAUCUAUAGGAA